AUGGCCCCCUCAGUGCUCAUUGUCUGCCUCGGAAACAUAUGUCGCUCCCCCAUGGGUGAAGCUGUACUUCGCCACAUAGCCGAUGAGAGAGGGAUCGAUAUCACGGUGGACAGUGCAGGUACCGCUGCCUACCAUCAGGGAGAAGACCCAGACCCAAGAACGGUAGAUGUAUGCAGGAAGAACAACGUUCCUAUCGACCACAGGGCUCGAAAGGUGAUCCAGGCGGAUUUCUCCCGGUUCCAGUACAUCCUCGCAGCGGAUAAAUCGAACCUCUCCAACUUGCAGAGCAUGAAGCCUCAAGGCAGCAGCGCCGAGGUGCGCCUGUGGGGCUCAUAUUUGGACGGUAUGCCGAUAGCAGAUCCGUACUACGGAGGAAAUGACGGCUUCAAGCAAGUCUUUGAGCAAUGCGAGAAGCUAUCGAACGCGUUUCUCGAUCAGGUCAUCGGGAAGGAGUGAGAUAUCCUAGAUUCAGUGCAUUCUAUUCCUGGAGCAUCCGUGAGUUAUAAUUACACAUGCAUCAUGCAAAGUAGGACCCGAAGGUCGAAUCGUCCAGAUGUUAUCUACGAUAAGUCAAAUUUCCUGGACAAGCCCACGUUAGU